AUGUCCACCAACGCCGAGCCAAUACCGACUGCACUCGAACCUCGAGCGCCGGGAAAUGACGCCCUUCGCAACAAUCCGGAUGGGGCGCAACAUACCGAGGCUGCGGCCCCUUCGCUCACAGAAGCACUGAGGUUGCGUCGCAACCUGCUGCAAUCCCUGUGGAUCGGCGUGCGACAGCUUCCGCGUGGAAGGCGCAUCGUGCUCCUCAUCCGCAUCUGCGUCUCUCUCGCCCAAAUCGUCGCCUUCAUCCCCAUCCUUUCGCUGCCUGGCUCGCAUCGCAUCUCGCCCUCGCACGAGGACGGCAGAGUGUGCAACCCAGACAGCCUCUUCAAGUAUCUCGUCGUCCACAUGGUCCGUCUCGCCCUCGACAUCCCUGUCGAGCUCUACCUCGGCCUCAGUCCGCACCGCACGCGCCAAGGUCGCCGAGCCGGGCCAGAGGCGCGUGCCAUCGCCGAGCGCGACCGUCCACUGGGCUCCGAGUACCUCGACGUCAAGGUGGGCAAGAUCAGCACGCUGCUCGGCAUCGCAUCGCUCGUCAUCUUCUUUGUGGGCAACGCGAUCGUGUACAGCAGCACAGAGUGCUCGCGCAAGCCCGCAGAGGCAGUGCCGCUCUUCUGGUCCGCGCUCGCCUCGCUCGUCGUGGUGUACAUCUUUAUCGUCGAGAUCGCCGUGCUGGCCUUCUUGAUCGUGUGCGCGCUGCCGCUGCUCAUCGUCAUCAUGCGCGCGCUCGGCCUCAACCACAGACUGCCGCAGCGAGAGCUGCAUCCCGAGACGGGAAAGAUCGACCAGCAGGAAGUCGAUAAGCGCGUCAAGCUUGUGUAUUAUACUCCGGCCGAAGCGGACGAUGGGAAUCAGCCCAUGGAUCAGAUAUCCGCACAGGAAGCCAGCACACCUGGUGAAGGCGCUGACGCGACAUCUGCCCUGCAGCCGUCAAGAGCCGGGAUGGGAUCGCGGCAGGCCACGCAGGACUCGCUCGCGAGCGCCUCGCAUCCUGUGCUUGGACGUUUGAGCCGGCUCACUCGGCUCAUUGUCGCACGUCGGCGCUCAGGCCCGUCCGCCAACGGCGAGUCGUCAAAGACCGCUGCAUCGAUACCAGCCACUGCCACCAGCACACCGGCAGCAGAGGGCCGGUCCGCAGCGCCUCCCGGGGCCACAUCCGGCCAGCGACCGGGGCUCAAGUAUCCGCUGCAUCCGCUGCCGGCGCACCGCGCAACAUGUCCUAUCUGCCUGUGCGACUUUGAGGAGCCCGAGGCCGGGCAGGAGCCGGAGCCGGAGCCGCUGCGGCUGCUGGCGUGCGGCCAUGUGAUGCACCGCUCGUGUGUCGACCAGUGGCUCACCACCGUCUCGGGUCGGUGUCCCGUAUGUCAGAAGGCGGUCAUUCCCGAUGCCGACGAAGAGGCUGCUCCCACUGCGCCCGCCAACGAGGCGGUGGAGAUGCAACCACUGCCCUCUGCAACGCACUGA